AACAGGGAUACCCUCGCUUGGGCUCUGAUACAAAUCUUUGAGAGCAAACCGUGGACCUUCAAAGCACUCGCAAAUAUGUCCGCUGCUGACGCUCAGGCUCCUCAGCAUCCCGCCGGCGCCAUCGAAGCUGCAGAUGAGCCCGUCGACCCGAGUGAAUUUGAUCCUGUUGAGUGGGACCGAUCUUCCGCCGAUUCGGCCUCACUCACCUCCAGUGUCCUCGAUCACGAGUACGAGAAUGGGCGUCGCUUUCACAGAUUUCGACACGGUCGCUACCCAAUGCCCAAUGAUGAGGACGAGCAGUCUCGUGAGGACACGAAGCAUACUCUGAUGCUUGAGCUACUUGACGGGCGUCUGUUUCUCGCUCCCCUUGGAGAUGACCCUCAAAAGAUUAUAGACAUUGGUACCGGUACCGUCGGCGACCUCUAUCCAGGUGCAUCUGUAAUGGGGAUUGAUCUAUCACCCAUUCAACCUUCCUGGGCCCCUCCAAAUGUGAAGUUCUUUGUGGACGAUGCCGAGGAUGAGUGGCUGAACGGCGACGAUUACGACUUUGUCCAUUUCCGUUCCGUAGCCCCGGCUCUCAGGAAGCUCGACUUCGUUCUGGAAGAAGCUUACAACCACAUGAAACCCGGUGGUUGGAUCGAGUUUCAAGAGUUGCACGGCCAGAUCCAUUGUGACGAUGGCACUAUGGCGGACGACGAUAAACUUAAGGCAUUCUACGAGCUCGUCGUCGAAGCCUUCCAGAAUCUUGGCAUGGACUUUCACAAGGCGCGGGACCUCCGUCCACACCUCGAAGCUGCUGGUUUCAAGAACAUUCAGUGCGAGAUAAAAAAGCUUCCUAUAGGAACCUGGCCUAAAGAUGGCCUCCAGCGUGUCAUUGGAGAGUAUUCGCGGCAGGCGAUUAGUCUGGCGGCACCGGCAUUCGCCGGUAAGCCAUUUGAAGCAAUGGGAAUCUCGAAGGUAGAUUCCCAAGUGUGGUGCGCAACCGUCAAGAAGGACAUGGAGGACCUCAGCAAGCACCGUUACUACAACAUGUUCUUCUGGUACGCUCAGAAGCCUAAGGAUGCCCCCGUGCGGGACGACGGAGCCGGCUCAUCAGGAGAGGAUGACGCUUGA